AUGGUGAUACUGACGCUGAUCCAGGAUUACGAUGUCCCGAUCCCCUCUCCCUUGACCCCAAACGAGGUCAGGCAGGUCAAAUGCUUCCUCCUCUUCCGCGAACAGACACACGACGGACCUCUCUAUACACAAGCGCGCACAUGGAAUCUCGACACCUCGAUGCCGGCGCGCGCAUACGGACAGGAGCAGAUCAAUCAGAGAUACGGCGUCAAGAAUAAGGCCAGCAUCGACCCCUUCACCGCGGUGCCCAUGUAUUCGCAGAAGCUAGGCAGGGCAGAGCGUGCAUUGCCCGAUUUAGGGAAGAGACCGUUCAAUAAGGAGUUCUUCCCUGAGGAGCUACACGAGACACUCGACGGAGAUGACGGACCAGCCAGCAAGAAGGGCCGCGGCGCAAAGAGGCAAAGGACACUAGCCUUCUCCAACAUCACAUCCCUGCGCACCGCCGACGAGAUCUUCGACAUGCCCGACGCCGGCAUAACCCAAGACGGCAACCAGCGGGCGCUGGACCUGCUCAAGAACAUCGGCGAUAACGAGGAGGACGUCGAUAACCUCGAGGUGUCCGACGAGGACGAGCCCUUCGAGGACGACAUGGAUGAGGAGUAUGACGAUGAGGACGCGGGAGACUACAAUGCCGAGAACUACUUCGAGGCGGAGAACAACGAUGACUAUGACGACGACGAUGGAGGGGGUGACGAGGGGACCUACUAA